CCCGGAAGAGGACUGAAUGAAUCUGGUGUGGGGGGGGAGAUUGUUCCAAAGAAGAUCUGCGUUCUUCAGUGUGCACUUGGCUAUUUUCAGAGACCGCGUUGUUUGGGGAAGCUUUGGGGAACCAGACGUGCCCCACCCCCGUGAUAUUGUCGUGAUAAGCGUGGGUGAUGGAUAAGAUUCUAUAUUGCACGCUGCUGCUGCUGCUUCUGUUUCUGGCUCUCGAGGGCUGUUCUGCGAGGACUGGGGGAGAAGUCUGUCGAGGCUGGGCGUACGGAACGGAGCUACCGGAGGGAGCUGUCUAUUGUCCGAGCAAACCAGGCGGGGAGGGCGCCCAGUUCUGUUGCGGGACCUGCGCACUGCCCUACUGUUGCUCGUCAGAAGAGGACCGACUCGACCCCAGCCUGUGCUACUCUCACAGUUGGCUGAAAGCCGGAACUGAGCCCCCGGUUAAGUCGGAGGGGCCUGGGAAUCUUUACAAGGUUGGAUUGAUCAUUCUUGCUGCAGUGAUUGUGCUUCUUGUGGUGUUCAUCUCUGUCUUUAUCUGCCGCUUCUGCUACUGGCUCAGAUUUCGCCUACUCGAUUAUUGCAGAGAGAGGCAGCAGGAGACUGAAUCAGAGGAUGGAGAUCCUUCCACCAGAUUAAAUGCCAACGUCCCUCCCAAUGGCUAUGGUACCUCUCAGGUGCCUUCUGACAGUGAACCACUUGUGUAGUUCCAGCAUGCUACCCCUUGAGCCUGAGGAAACCGAAUUUUCUCCAGCAGCGCAUCCAAUUUAAAAACUAUUUUGCCUCAUUCUACUGUGGAAUCCAUCUAUGGCCCUCACCUCAAAUGGUUGGUCUCUAGCUAGUAGAGCAUUGUGCCAACCUCUUCAUCAGUAUUAGCAUGCCAGGUCUACCUACCAGAAGAAAAUACCAUGCUACAGUGGUUUUAGAAUCAAAUGAAACAAUUGACCCUAUAGGACUGCUUUUGAGAGCGUGUCCACUCUCUUCUCAUAAAAAGAAGCAUUUUACUUUUCAAAGCUGUCUUUCAACUUCUUGCAAAGUUGACUGGUGUGUUGUGAGGAUUAUGUUCAGAAUGCUGCUUUCCAUCAUUUAAUUUCUUGGAAUCCAUCUUGUGUGGGAGUUCUCCCCACAACCCAUACUUCAAGAUGGGAGCUGAGUCAAUUGACUUGACUUGACCAUCCUCUUCUAAACUGAUGCGUAACUGUCCCCAGACUGUGUCACUGACAAUCUGAUUUGCCUUAAAGUACACAUGUGCAGAUCAAGCACCCCACCUUAAACUCUUAGAGGGUUUUCUUUAACUCUGAGCAUGGAAGGCUCAGUCUGUAAAGAGAAUCGGCAUGUAGACCUAUGGGACUCCUAGUGCUGUGUCCGUGUUGGAGGAGAGAGCAGAUUUGGACAGGACAGCAAGCGCUUCUCAAAGGCCUUACACAUAACUCUAUCUCUCCUCAAAGCUAGCUCUCUGUCAUUUGUGGAUAGCUUGACCAUGUACAGGCAAGAAGUUGAUGCUGUGCUCCUUCAACAUAUCAAGGGAAGAUCUGAUAUGGUAUGGUGACUGCCCCAUGGAAAACUCAGUAGCUUUCCUCAUAGCUGAACUGAACAUACCCUUUGGCUGGUUAACCCAGGGAGAAGUCCAAGAUGGUUUCUAGUUAAGACAUAUAUCUUCCUCUUGGCCUGUGUAAUUGCCAAAGGCUUUUUUUUUUAAACUCUAGAAUUUUGUGUGAACCCUGAGGAGAUAAAACAGGCAGGCAGCAAUGUCUUGUCUCCUGAUUCCAAGGCUUUCGCACUGGGAAGUCCCUUCUAGCACAAUGUCAAAAUGUAUGCUUUAUAAACACAUGUACUUGAUCAAUAAAAUGUGUAUUUUGA